CCGGUGGGCAGGAGGAGACACACUGCGCUAAAAAUAAACUCCGUCCGCCACCGCUCAAACUUUGAAGUCUGUGAAGGAAAAGUGGCUUCAUCAGCGCGGAUUUUCCUUUUUAUCUUUUUACUUUUCCCCCUCCGGUGACUUUGUAAAGGAGAAGUGAACCGGAUGCUCCUCUUUUCUUUGCGCUCCUCAGGACAAACUGGUCAGAGCGCGCGGCGCGUUCGGGUGCGCUGAGGAGCUCCGGAGACUUUUUAUUUUUCUUUCUUUCUUCUUCUUCUUCCAACGUGUUAUGAAGUAUUUUUUCUUCUCCGUCCGAACCAUGAUGGGCUCGGGACCGGCAGCUCUGCUUCUUUGUGUGAUCGUGUGCGCGAGGACUCGGAGCGCGGUGACAGGCAGCAGUCUGACAGAUUUAGAAUUUGAGCGGAGUCCCUCCACAGUCGUCUCUUCGCUGGGUAAGCCCGUGGACAUGCACUGCACCCUGAAGGGUAAAGGUGGUGAGGAGGAGGACCCCCCUGAUGUGCUGUGGCUGAAGGACAGUGUGCCACUUCUCCAUGCAGACACCAACCAGAUGCAAGUCCCCAUUGGCAGCAACAGCUGGAGGAUCGUGAGCACGCUCAGGAUUGACAGUGUCCAGGUUCCUGACAUGGGCUCGUAUCGCUGCGCUGUUCUGUCACAAAGUAACCAGACUGUAUCUGAGGAGGGAAGCAUUCAGCUGGAGGGCCUCCCUCACUUCUCUGUGGAGCCCGUGCACAUGUCUGUGGUGGCUAAUGUCUCGCUGAGCCUGCACUGUGUGGCCCAUGGGCCUCCCGAACCAGUCACAGUGAUCUGGCUGCAGGACGGCGUUCCUCUCAACACCCUGACGGACCCAGUGGCCAUGUCACCCUCCAUGCUGAACCUCACAGGCUUGAACAGGACUAGCACGUUUUCCUGUGAGGCCCAUAACCGCAAGGGCGUGGCCACCUCUGGUUCUGGUACCAUCACCGUCCUCCCAUCGCAGCCGCAGCACCUGAGAGCGGUGGAGGUCACACAGACAAGUCUCCGUGUGUCAUGGCGGUCUGGCUUUGGAGGCGACUACACCAUCAUCCGCUGCUCCGUUCAGGCCAAGCAUUCAGCAGAGCCCUUCAGCACGGGACCUGAACAGAUGAUUCAUAAUCAGAAUGUGAACAUCCCUCCAGCCACCCACCUGAUCAGCAACCUGGAGCCACACAGCAGCUAUGCUGUCAGAGUGGCCUGUCACACCAGCCAGGGCCUCUCUGAGUGGACACCCUGGGUGGAGCUACGCACCAAAGAAGGAGUACCAGAUUACCCUCCAGUUAAUGUGAGCGUGGUUCUGAACGGGACAGAAUUAUGGCUGACUUGGGAGGAGCCUCCUGGGAAGCUGAAUGGACAUCUACAGGGUUACCUGCUGCAGUACAGCACCCCCAGCACGGACCAGGUUCAAGUGGAUACUGGAUUGGACACAGAACUGUCAGUCAAUCUGUCUGUCCCUCUGUCCAACGUGUCAUUUCGAGUGUGUGCAUACACAGGGGCUGGACAGGGGCCCUGGACCCCCAUACAGACUCUGACCCUUGUCACUCCCGAAAUGGAGAAAUCCAGAGGUCUGUCCUCACCCCCGGCCUUUUCCUGGCACUGGUGGUAUGUGGUGAUGGCCAUCGCCGGCGCUGUGGCCAUAGCUGUGCUCAUGGCUGUUUACGUGGCCAAGCUGCGGCACAAGGAGACACGUUUUGGAGAGGCGUUUGAACCCAUGAUGGAAAGCGGGGAGCUGGUGGUGAGGUAUCGCGCUCGCCGCACCUACAGCCGCAGGACAACUGAAGCUACAUUGAACAGCCUGGGCAUCAGCGAUGAGCUGAAGCAGAAGCUCCAAGAUGUGAUGGUGGACAGACAUAAACUCACUUUGGGGAAGACACUGGGAGAAGGGGAGUUUGGCUCUGUGAUGGAGGGCCUGCUCACUCAGGAGGAGGCUGUCCUCAAAGUUGCUGUCAAGACAAUGAAGAUUGCCAUCUGCACCCGCACAGAGAUGGAAGACUUUCUCCGAGAGGCGGCCUGCAUGAAGGAGUUUGACCACCCGAAUGUCAUGAGGCUUCUAGGUGUGUGUCUGCAGACGGUGGAGAGUGAAGGUUACCCGUCCCCCGUGGUCAUCCUGCCCUAUAUGAAGCACGGAGACCUGCACAGCUACCUGCUGUACUCCAGGCUGGGCGACUGUCCUGUGUACCUCCCAUCACAAAUGUUGGUGAAGUUUAUGACCGACAUUGCCCGGGGGAUGGAAUACCUCAGCAGCAAGAACUUUAUCCACAGAGACCUCGCAGCUCGCAACUGCAUGCUGAAUGAGAACAUGAACGUGUGCGUGGCUGACUUCGGUCUCUCCAAGAAGAUCUAUAACGGAGACUACUACAGGCAGGGCCGCAUCUCCAAGAUGCCGGUCAAAUGGAUCGCCAUCGAAAGCUUGGCCGACCGCGUCUACACGACAAAGAGUGACGUGUGGUCAUUUGGGGUCACCAUGUGGGAGAUCGCCACGCGGGGCCAGACACCAUAUCCUGGUGUAGAAAACAGUGAAAUAUAUGAUUAUUUGCGUCAGGGAAAUCGUCUCAAACAGCCUCCAGACUGUCUGGACAGCAUAUAUGCUCUGAUGUUCUCCUGCUGGUUGCUGAGCCCUAAAGACCGUCCAUCGUUUGAGUCUCUUUGCUGUGAGCUUGAAAAAGCUCUUGAAGAUCUUCCAGAUCCUCAGGAUCCAGAUGAAAUACUGUAUGUCAACAUGGACGAGUCCUCGAUGGAACCUGGAGCCGUCGGAGGCCGUGAGCCAAUUGGGGGGCCCUCCCCUCUGUGCCUGAAAGGCCUGGACUCUGUGACCACAGUGGAGGUCCACCAUCCCAACCGCUAUGUCCUCUGUCCCCAACAUGAGUCCAACCGAGUCCUCUCUGACUCCCUGGAAAGCCUGGACAUGCUGGUGUCAUCAUCCACAGCCACACUGCCUCUUCCUGCUUCCUGCCAGUCCACACCCAACACCACCCGAGUCCCCACUCCGACUGUAGAGCUGCUGGAGGACAGAGAAGAUUCCAGAAAGCUGCCCUGGCAAUGAUCGGUGACAAUUUGUGCCUUUGGAUCAUUCCAGCCAGAUCAUCAAUGUGACUGUUACAUACUUAACAUGCCUGUUCAAAUUCAUUUUGCACAAACACACUCACACACAC